AUGGCCGAGGGCUCCAUCCCGGCGCUGAUCCGGAAGAAGCGGGACGGCGAGCGGCUGCAGGACGAGGAGAUCGAGAGCUUCGUGCGGGGCGUCACCGCCGGCACCGUGCAGGAGGGCCAGAUCGGCGCCAUGCUGAUGGCCAUCCGGCUGCGGGGCAUGGACGCGGCGGAGACGCUGGCGCUGGCGCGGGCCAUGGCGGCCUCGGGGCGGGCGCUGGCGUGGCCGGAGGGCUGGCGCGGGCGCCUCGUGGACAAGCACUCCACGGGCGGCGUGGGCGACAAGGUCAGCCUGGCGCUGGCCCCCGCGCUGGCCGCCUGCGGCUGCAAGGUGCCCAUGAUCAGCGGGCGCGGGCUGGGCCACACGGGCGGCACGUUGGACAAGCUGGAGGCCAUCCCGGGCUUCAGCGCCGCCCAGAGCCCCGAGCAGAUGCGCCGCAUCCUGGAGCAAGCGGGCUGCUGCAUCGUGGGGCAGAGCGAGGAGCUGGCGCCCGCCGACCGGGUGCUCUACGCCCUGCGGGACGUCACCGCCACCGUGGACAGCCAACCGCUCGUCACGGCCUCCAUCCUGAGCAAGAAGGCGGCGGAGAAGGUCUCGGCGCUGGUGGUGGACGUCAAGUUCGGGAGCGCCGCGCUGUUCCCCACGCUGGAGAGCGCGCGGCAGCUGGCGCAGAGCCUGGUGGCCGUGGGCGGCCGGCUGGGCAUCCGCACGGCGGCCGCGCUGAGCCGCAUGGACGCGCCGCUCGGCCGCUGCGUGGGCAGCUCGCUGGAGGUGCUCGAGGCGCUGCAGUGCCUGGAGGGCCGCGGCCCCGCCGACCUGCGCGAGCUCGUCACCGCCCUGGGCGGGCUGCUGCUGUGGCAGUGCGGGGCGGCGCCGUCGGCGGCGCGGGGCGCGGGGCGCCUGGCGCGGGCGCUGGACGACGGCUCGGCCCUGCGCGCCUUCGAGGCCAUGCUGGGGGCGCAGGGGGUGCCCCCCGCCUCCGCCCGCCUCCUCUGCGCCGGCUCCGCCGCCCAGCGCCGCCGCCUCCUCGGCCAGGCCGCCACGCGCCAGGACCUGCCCGCGCCCCGCGCAGGCACAGUGCAGCAGGUGGAAGCGCUGCCACUGGCCCGGGUGCUGCACGAGCUGGGUGCCGGGCGGACCCGGGUGGGCGACACCAUCAACCCCCGUGUGGGCGCCGAGCUGCUGGUGUCUGUGGGGCAGCGUCUGCAGCCAGGCCAGCCCUGGCUGCGGGUGCACCACGAUGGCGCGGAGCUGGGCGCCGCGCAGCGCCAGGCCCUGCAGGCCGCCCUGGCGCUCUGCGAGGACGAGCCCUUCGAGCCGGGCCCCCGCGUCGCCGAGCUCGUCCUGCCGCGCUGA